AUGCAAACGAAAUCCACUACCCCGCAAUUACCACCGUUGAACACCAGAGAAGGUGAAAAACAUUUGUAUAAACUUGUCAAAGCAAAGCACAAAAAGACCAAAGAUAUUGAAAAUUUCUUAGGUAUCAAUGAUCCGGAAGGAAAACUUCUUACAAAUGGAAAACUAGUUCUAAAUAGAUGGCGCGAAUACUUCAAUCAAAUAUGCAAUGAAGAAUUCCCACACGACCUAAUUCAAGAAAUAAAUCCUACACAAGGCCCUAUGCAAAAAAUAAGCCAAUCUGAAGUACAAGAUGCAAUUAGAAAGAUGAAGAACUCCAAAUAA